UCGGAGCUGAGAGAAAGCGCCCUAACUGCAGCAAGCAAGCGCAGGGGCCGGAGGGCAACUAGGAGAGCCUCCUGGGCAGAGCGCUGGAGUGAGAAAGAAGAGAGGGAGGGAGGUGGCGGGCCUGCGACGAGGAGAGGCGUGGAGCGGACACUUGGGGAGGAGGAGCCCGGCUCCGCGGCCGGAGAACGACCUGCGAGGCACCCGCGCAGCCCAGGAUCACCCCAACGCGUCGAGCAUGAGCAGUCGGCCCGCUGGAGAGCGACCCGGGGAGACUGGCUGUGCGCCGCGCUGAGCGGCGGAGCCGGGCCGGAACGACGGGUGGGUAGCGGGUGCUGGAGCGGCAGGCUGGGCGAAGCGCCAUGGGGAGCCCCCGCGCCGCGUUGCUGAUGCUGCUCCUGCGCCCGAUCAAGCUGCUGAGGAGGCGCUUCCGGCUGCUGCUGCUGCUCGCCGUAGUAUCGGUGGGACUCUGGACUCUGUAUCUGGAGCUGGUGGCGUCGGCCCAGGCCGGCGGGAACCCCCUGAACCACAGGUAUGGCAGCUGGCGAGAACUGGCCAAGGCCCUAGCCAGCAGGAACAUCCCAGCCGUUGAUCCGAAUCUCCAAUUCUACCGUCCCCAGCGGCUGAGCCUCAAGGACCAAGAAAUUGCCCGAAGUAGGAGUAGGAACAGUAGCUACCUGAAGUGGAACAAGCCUGUCCCCUGGCUCUCAGAGUUCCGGGGCCACGCCAACCUACAUGUGUUUGAAGACUGGUGUGGCAGCUCCAUCCAACAGCUGAGGAACAACCUGCACUUCCCACUCUACCCCCACAUCCGCACAACUCUGAGGAAGCUGGCUGUGUCCCCCAAGUGGACCAACUAUGGCCUCCGCAUAUUUGGCUAUCUGCACCCUUUCACCGAUGGGAAAAUCCAGUUUGCCAUCGCUGCUGAUGACAAUGCUGAGUUCUGGCUGAGUCGUGAUGACCAGGUCUCAGGCCUUCAGCUGCUGGCCAGCGUGGGCAAGACAGGAAAGGAAUGGACAGCCCCUGGAGAGUUUGGGAAAUUUCAGAGUCAAAUUUCCAAGCCAGUGAGUUUAUCAGCCUCCCUCAGGUACUACUUUGAGGUCCUGCACAAGCAAAAUGAUGAAGGCACUGACCACGUGGAGGUCGCGUGGAGACGGAAUGACCCUGGAGCCAAGUUCACCAUCAUUGACUCCCCCUUCUUAUCUCUCUUUACAAAUGAGACCAUCCUAAGGAUGGAUGAGGUGGGCCAUAUCCCACAGACAGCAGCCAGCCAUGUAGGCUCCUCCAACACUCCUCCCCGGGAUGAGCAGCCCCCAGCUGACAUGCUGCGGCCUGACCCUCGGGACACCCUCUUUCGAGUGCCUCUGAUCGCCAAGUCCCAUCUGCGCCACGUCCUGCCCGAUUGUCCCUACAAACCCAGCUACCUGGUGGAUGGACUCCCGCUACAGCGCUACCAGGGCCUCCGUUUUGUUCACCUGUCCUUUGUUUAUCCCAAUGACUAUACCCGUCUGAGCCACAUGGAGACCCAUAAUAAAUGUUUCUACCAAGAAAGUGCCUAUGACCAGGACAGGUCCAGCUUCCAGGAAUAUAUCAAGAUGGACAAGCCAGAGAAGCAUGGCCCGGAGCAGCCAGGUUUGGAGGAUGGCCUUCUAGAAGAAUCCCAGUAUGAAGACGUACCAGAGGAAAUCCCCACCUCUCAAGACCAGAAUACUGGGAUACAAGGGAGAAAACAGAAGACUAUUUCCACCCCGGGGCUGGGUGUCACUGACUACCACCUGCGGAAGCUCUUGGCUCGCUCACAGAGUGGCCCUGUAGCGCCUCUUUCCAAACAGAACUCUACAACUGCCUUUCCAACCAGGACAAGCAACAUCCCAGUCCAGCGGCCAGAGAAAAGCCCUGUGCCCAGCCGAGAUUUGUCUCAUUCUGACCAGGGGGCCCGGAGGAACCUGCCUCUCAUCCAGAGAGCCAGGCCCACUGGUGACAGACCUGGGAAGACUCUUGAGCAGUCCCAGUGGCUGAAUCAAGUGGAAUCCUUCAUUGCUGAGCAGAGAAGGGGAGACAGGAUAGAGCCUCCAACCCCCAGCAGGGGCUGGCGUCCUGAGGAGGACGUGGUGAUAGCGGCGGACCAGGAAGGAGAAGUGGAGGAGGAGGAAGAGGGGGAAGAUGAGGAAGAAGAUAUGAGUGAGGUGUUCGAAUAUGUGCCUAUGUUUGACCCAGUGGUGAACUGGGGCCAGACCUUCAGCGCUCAGAACCUCGACUUCCAAGCCCUGAGAACCGACUGGAUCGACCUGAACUGUAACACAUCGGGCAACCUGCUGCUUCCGGAGCAGGAGGCCCUGGAGGUCACACGGGUCUUCCUGAGAAAGCUCAGCCAGAGGACCCGGGGGAGAUACCAGCUGCAGCGCAUUGUGAAUGUGGAGAAGCGCCAGGACCGGCUGCGCGGGGGGCGCUACUUCCUGGAGCUUGAACUGCUGGAUGGCCAACGCCUGGUACGGCUCUCGGAGUACGUGUCCACUAGAGGCUGGCGGGGAGGUGACCACCCAGGCAGGGAGGACACAGAAGCUCGGAACCUGCAGGGUCUGGUCUGGAGCCCACGCAACCGUCACAGACAUGUCCUGAAUGCCCAGGAUCCAGAGCCCAAGCUCUGCUGGCCCCAAGGUUUCUCCUGGAACCAUCGAGCUGUGGUCCACUUUAUUGUGCCUGUGAAGAACCAGGCUCGCUGGGUGCAGCAGUUCAUCAGAGAUAUGGAGAGCCUGUCCCAAGUCACUGGAGAUGCACAUUUCAGCAUCAUUAUCACAGACUAUAGCAGUGAGGACAUGGAUGUGGAGAUGGCUCUGAAGAGGUCCAGACUGCGGAGCUACCAGUACCUGAAGCUGAGUGGAAACUUUGAGCGCUCUGCUGGACUGCAGGCUGGCAUAGACCUGGUGAAGGAUCCACACAGCAUCAUCUUCCUCUGUGACCUGCACAUCCACUUUCCAGCAGGAAUCAUUGAUACCAUCCGGAAGCACUGUGUGGAGGGCAAGAUGGCCUUUGCCCCCAUGGUGAUGCGGCUGCACUGUGGGGCCACCCCACAGUGGCCUGAGGGCUACUGGGAAGUAAAUGGAUUUGGACUGCUCGGGAUCUACAAGUCUGACCUGGACAAGAUCGGAGGCAUGAACACCAAGGAGUUCAGAGACCGCUGGGGAGGGGAGGACUGGGAGCUGCUGGACAGGAUUCUCCAAGCAGGCCUGGAAGUGGAGCGGCUCUCCCUCAGGAACUUCUUCCAUCACUUCCAUUCCAAGCGAGGCAUGUGGAACCGUCGCCAAAUGAAGAUGCCGUGACGCCGGGUGGGCCAGCCGCUUAGAGCUCCUUGACUUGCGGUUGACCUCAGUGCCCUGCUUGCUGCUGAGGAGGGACUCUGAGGACCUGAAGCCUCAGCACUAAUUGCCCUCUCCACCGGGAACUGUCCCUUCAUGCAGGGAUAGGCGAGCGCCAAGGCUCCUCUGCUGCUCACCAAGUUGACAGAUGGACAGAUGCUGGGCAGUGAGGUCAGGAAGACAACACCUGCUUGCUUAGAAUACCAUCUUGUCCACUAAGGUGCAUUCCCACAGCCCAGUGCUCCUCACAGGGAGUGGUGACUGUGAACCAGAAACUUCAAUGGGACAGAUUUUAUUUGGGGUGGGAGGGGGAAUGUGGGUAAUUUUUUAACAGAGAAUGAAGACUUCUGUCUAGACCCAGCACCGUCUGGGGUCAAGCUGUACGUUGCAGACCUCAGACCCACCCUGAGGUGCUGGUCCCAUGCAGAGUACUUCCAGCUCCAGGCCCAGCCCGUGCCUUCUAAACCCACACAUCUCUCCUGGUGGCUACUGAACAGCUGGCCUUAACCCAAUCGGGCCAGUAACCCAAGUCGGACAGACAGAGAGUUCUCUAGACUGGAAGCCCAACACUGGUGGCAUCUUCCUACUGCAGUGGGGUGUCGGGUGGGAAUGGGUGGGCAGAGGGCCCAUUCUCCCAAGUGUCUGACAUACGGGCUGGUGUAAAACCAGCAAGAUCAAGCAAGAAGAAGAAAUGCCCCUUCUCCUUUGACUCUCCUGCCAGGUAAGACCCGGAGAGAAUAGGAAGGCAUCACCAAAGGUGACAUGAAUAGCCUUUCAGUUACUUAAGAGAGACUUGGGGACGGACUCAAGCAACAUAGAAAGGCAGGAAGGGAAGGAAAUGUGUAUACUGCAAGCCUAGUGCCCUUGUGGCCUUGCCCUCCUGCAGAGAGAGCCCAGCCUCCCAGCCCUAAAGAAAUAAGGAGGUGAAACCGGGCCCUCAGAUAAAGGGCAGGGCAAGGUAUGGGACAGACAAGAACAGGGGCAGGAAAAGCUGGAAAAUGGCUAAGUUCUGAGAAGAAGCAGCCUGCAACCCCUUCUGUCCACCUGAUGGCGCGUACUUAGCUGUACUAAUAAUCCCGGUCCUCUCUGGCUGGAGACGCUCUGCUGCAGCUGCUUCACCAGUGGUGCAUUGAAUGCUGGGCAUUAAUUAAGCUCAGUCUGUGAAGGGGGAUGGUGAGGGUCAGGGCACCAUCUUUCUGCUGUGAGAAAUGGCUGGUGGGUAUGCAGCAGGGCCACUUUGCAGAGCGUGACCACUAUGCUGUGAAUCAAGAGGGCCGCAUCUGGAGUUGCAGGACCCACGUGGUGGGCUCUGAGUGCCAGGAGCAGAGCUUGGCACAUCCAAGGUGGGGCCCUCUGGGAACCCACCGGGCCUUUCUUUGAAGCUAUCCGAAGGGCAGGGCCGUCUGUUUCUGGGCUGCAGCUUUUUCUCCUGCCUGCUCAGGCCCUCUGCCCUUUAGAAAAGGUGCACAGGAAGCAGGCUAAGGCUGCAGCAGAACAGCUGGAGCGCCGGGCUUCUCUCUGAAACCAGAAACUUUGGGCCCUGUGCUCGAAGGCCAGAGCCGGUGGCUGCAGCCCUCCUGUUCUGUCCUAAGGACUAGAAUCCCCCUGGGCCUCCCCACCCUGCUUGCCUCCUCCCUCCCAGGUCUAGUGCCUUGUGUCUGACAUCUGUUACCUCCUUACCAUCUGCCUUAAGAGAGAGGAAAGUGCCGUGGGUGGGGAGAGGGAGGAGGGCAUUAAAGUCAGCAUCUUAGAAAACAAGCGGCUGUUUCCUUCUUGCCCAAUCAAGGUAGGAAAGGGUUGGGUGGAAGAGCCAGGGGUGUUCCUAAGCCAUUCAUGUCCCUCAGCUGUCUGCUCAAGGACACGCUAAGGACCAUCCAUCCCCUCCCUUCUGACUUGACUCCUGGUUCAGUGCUUGCCAGCAGAAGGGACAUUUUCUGUGCUGUGCUUGGGAAGGGCACAGCAGUGUCCCGAGUCUAUUAGUCUCAGCAGCCCAGGUUGUGGUCUCAACUAGAAAGUCCCCCACCCCCGUCCUAGUGAGGAAGACAAGCUAGAACCGUGCAGCUGUAAUCCCAGCACUUGGGAUGCUAACACAGAAACGUCAGGAGAGCAUGUCAGCCUAGGCUAAUAGAUAAACAUAAGAAAAUCUUUUCUGUGUGAGUUGAAGAUGCCCUACUAAGGCUUCGCAAGUGUGAGUUGGCCUCCCUAGUUAUGUUUGACCUAGGCAAAAAUUUUUCAAGAAUUUAUGUAUAUGGGUGUUUUGCCUGCGUGUCUGUGUGCCACCUGUGUGCCUAGUGCCCAGAGAGGCCAGAAGAGGGCAUUAGAUUCCCUGGAACUGGCGUUACAGGUGUUUGUAGGUCACCAGGUGGGUGCUGGGAUUUGAACCCAGAACUUCUGGCAGAGCAGCCGGUGCUCUUAACUACUCGGCUGUCUCUCUACUUCUCCCCCCACCUCCCCUUUUUUCUUAAAUGCUUUUAGCCAUGUUUAGUGGUGCAUGCCUUUCAUCUCAGCACUCCAGAGGCAGAGGCAGGUGAAACUGUGGGUUUGGGGUUUGAAUCUAGCUUGGUCUACAUAGUGAGUUCCAGGCCAACCAGAAUUACAUGGUGUGACCCUGUCUCAAAAAAAGAAAAAGAAAAAUGUAAUCAUUUAGAAUGUAUGUGGUGUAUGUAUGCCACAGUGCAGGGUGGUGUCAGAGGGCAGCUUUCAGUGAUCCGUUCUCCUCCCUUCACAUCAUAUGGGGUUCCUCCGGCUUGGCAGCAAGGGCUUUUGCUCACUAACCUUCCCACCAGUGAAAAUCUGUAUUUUUGUUGUUGUUAAGAUGUAUGUGUUUCAGAGCUGGAGAGAUGGCUCAGUGGCUGAGAUCAACAACUCUCCCAGGGAGCCCAGGCUCAAUUCUCAGCACCCACCUGGUGACUCACAAUUGUCUGUAACUCCAGUUCCAGGAGACCUGACACCUUCACACAGACAUUCAUGCAAGCAAAACACCAAUGAACAUAAGAUGAAAAUAAAUUAUUUUUAAAAAGA